GGUUUGGUGCUGAUGUUAAUACUGAUGGGGGGACACUACGACAUCAGCACGGGCCUGUACCGCCUUCGUAUCGAUGCAUUCCUGAUGACCAUGACCGUCUUCACCUUUGUCCUCACGUCAGCUCUUCUUCUGAUGUGCACCAUCAUGGGCUCGACAGAGCUUCCGAACUCUGUCCUGUAUCGUAUUAACUAUCUUUUGGCCACCAUCACAUACUUCCCUUUCACCGUGGGUUUCAUCUAUGAAGAGUACAUGCAUGGCGACAUCAAGCAGACAAUUGCAGGAGGGGUACUCAGCAUCACCAAUUCGCUGAUAUACAUGUUCAACCUGUGCGUGAGCUACGAGCUGCGUUGUCUGAAGAGCCGGCACCCCGAGCGCAAGCCUAAGCGCAAAAAGAGCAAACGCAAAGGCAAGAAGGGCAAAGGCAAGAAGGGCGGGAUGAGCGACAUAGACAUUCUGAUGGGCAGGGACCAGCCUGCCGGUGCAACUGCCGGCUUGAGCGGUCGCGUUCGCAACGAGCGAGACCUUCUGGCCACCGGUGACGUGGAGACAUUCCUCCGACUCCAGCAGAUCCAGCAAAUGAACAGGCUCCUGGAGAACGACCCUAUCAUGUUCCACCAACAAACCAUGCUGGGCGCACAGCAGGCGUAUGGACAGGAGCAGCAGCAGUACAUGGCGCAGGCUAGUGGAGGGUCUCCGUCCACAGGAUUGCGUAGCGGCGGUGCGUCGCCGGCAGCAGGCGGUGGACCGAUGGCCGACGAGUUCGGCCGUCGCCCGCGAGACGACCGACUAGCGCGUAGAGUGGUGCACGAGGUGUACCGCGGCGAGUUCCUGCCCGGAGAGGAGUACCUGAUGCAGCCGGCCGUGGGUAAAGAGUUCAUCAUUCCCAUCCAGGUGGAAGGGCGCAAGACUCCGACGACGUCCGCCGCCACCAGUCCCUCCGAGACGAGCGAGAGCGAUUCUUCAAAGAAGAGCAGCAAGAAGGGCAGCAAGAAGGGCUCUAAACACAAGAAGAAAAAGAAGAAGAAGGGCUCCAAAAACAAAAAGAAAAAAAGCAAGAAGGGAUCCAAACACAAGAAGAAACACUCCAAGGGUAAAAAGAAGAAGAAAAGCAAAGGAAAAAAGAAGAAGAAGAAGAAGUAGUGCGCUUUAUAGCAUCUGUAACUUCUUACAUGUGGUGUGCUGUUUGAGCUCUGCGACCGACUUCGUGUUUUGUGUGUCACUAUCAGUCGAAACUAAUAAAGCGACGUACUUUUACUGUUUUAUUUUAUAAA